UUCCGCGGAACUUCACUUGAUAUUUCCGACUGUAUGGUGCGCACUUCGCAGUCCCAGUCUUGGAGUUGAAAGUUAUUUGUUCCGCCGCGUCGACGGGCUAGCAAUGGCAGACAACGACAAUACUCCUCGCUGUGCCAUCUUGGACGGGAAGUAUUUUACCGUGAUUUCAUCUAGGGACGACAGAGUAAAGGCUGCCUGUUCGUUUUGUAAAGCGACCAUCUGUGGCGCCUACUCGUCAACCUCGAAUUUCAAGCUUCACUUAAAGCGCGUGCAUCCACAAGAGCUAAGAAGGUUCGAUGAGUACAAAGAAGGGUGGAGAAAACAAGCAGUCAAGAGAAAGGCCGACGCCCCUGCUGACAAAAUGCGCCAAACGAAACUGUUUUGCUCUCCCGGGAGUCAACUGACUCAGCCUAAAGUAGACAAUCUGAUCGUCAAGUUCGUUGUGGAUGGGUUGCAUUCAUUAUCGACAGUCGAAGAGCCAGGCUUCAUACAGCUUGUAACGGGCUUGCGCCCAGGGACUAGUGUGAUGUCGCGACGCUCCCUAGGUCGGCGAAUUGAUGAGGAAUGGGAAAAGUUUCUGGAUGACGCGCGAGAGAAGUUGUCUGGUCAAAGCUAUGUUGCAACCACAGCUGACAUCUGGUCCACUCACCAUCGUAGCUUCAUGGGUGUCACGGUUCAUUGGAUCGAUGCUGACACCCUUUAUCGGAGGUCGCUCGCACUGGCCUGCAGGACGUUUCCUGGAAGCCACACGUACGACAGGAUAGCAGAAAUGCUGGAAGACAUUAGGCAGUCCUUCGACAUCUCGCGGGAGAAGGUCGUAGCCACGGUCACAGACAACGCCAGCAACUUCGCUAAAGCCUUCAGGGAGUUCGGCUUUUGUUCUGAGAAUACUGACCAGGAUGAUUUCGCCGCCGACUUGUCCUUUGAAAUUAUGGUCGAACCCGACAACCUGGACGAUGCUGAAAUCAACUUGCCUCGUCAUCUUCGAUGCGCAUGUCACACACUGAGUCUCGUGGCAACUUCAGAUGCGAAGGCAGCCUUGUCGACACCGUCCUUUGAACGUGCUAACACAGCGGUCAUGUCAAAGUGUUCGGCUCUAUGGAACUGCGUUCGAAGACCCAAGUCGUCUGAAGUUAUUGUGGACAUCCUAGGGCAUUCUCUGAAGACGCCAUGCGUAACACGCUGGAAUUCAUUGUAUGACAGCAUGAAAGACCUCCUUCGCUCGAAGGAUAAACUGCGAGAUGUCUGCGAUGGACUAAAUCUGCAGACAUUCCAAGAAAGAGACUUAGCAUUUAUUGCCGAGUACUGUGAGAUCCUGCAGCCCAUCGCCUCCGCUCUGACGCGACUCCAAGCGCAGUCCGAUUGCUUCUUCGGGGAGCUGCUGCCAACGCUUUUUACCGUAAAAUCAAAGCUUCAGGAGAAGGCUGGUAUGGACUUCGUCUACUGCAGACCACUUUUGGAUGCGGUUACAUCUGGGUUCAUUCGCAGAUUUGACGAGCUUCUGCGAAUGAAACCAAGUGCAAAUGAAGCGACUGUUGCUGCUGUUCUUCACCCUUACUUUAAGUUGCGGUGGUUGUCGCGAGAACCUCAAGAUGUCCGCGAGCAUGGCCAGCAACUCACAGAAAAAGCUGUAAUUGACUUUGUAAAUGCAACCAAGCAUACCACGCGUCCUUUGGCGUGCGCGCCAUCAACCUCUGCAGCCUCUGACGUAUCGGCUGAUGCAUGCUUUUCUUUUGAAGCCCACUGCGGCACGAGCCCCAGUUGUCAGGAAGAUCAAGUUAAACUUGAGUUCCUGAGCUACCUGCAAGAUCCUCGAGUUGAAUUCGAUAUGCUCCGCUCAUACCCUUCUCUGAGAAGCGCCUUCAUUAGAUACAACACCCCAACGUGCUCCUCGGCUCCUGUAGAACGGCUGUUCUCCUUCGCGUCGCUAAUCUUACGCCCGCAUCGUGGCGGACUUUCAGACCGGCGUUUUGAGCAAAUGCUUCUGCUUAAGGCUGCGGUCCCACGGGUGCCAUCGUGACCGAAGGGUUUUUCAACCGCCAGGGCGGCAAAAACGGCAGCAAGCUCUUGCGCGACAAUAUUACAAUAAAGCGACCAGAACGAAAAGACGCAAAACAUGGUGCUAAAUUGCUGCCUACUUGUACGUCUAUCUAAAAGUGUCUGUCAUUUCUUGAGGAUUCAGAACGCAAGUAAAC